AUGCCCAUUUCCGAGCCACCAAAAAUGCAUUCCCUCGCACAUUCAAGUGUGCAUGACAGACACCAGCCACUUGACGAUGGACGUACCGUUGUGUUGAUCGUAAACGUGUACGAUGAAAAAACUGGGCUGGCCGUCACUGAUUACGACGGAACCACAUACACAAGGAAUUUGGUAGAAGACACAGCGGAACAAUCUUCUGACACCAGCGAUGACGACAACGAUGUCUUGAAUGCUCAAGAGGAGCAGCACGAGGACGAGACCGUUUCUGGUACUGACGAUGCUUUUGGUGGCGAAGGAAACCCUGAAGAGCAACCUCAAGAAAAGGAAGAAAAGCCACAAGAAGAACAGCGCAAUGAGAGCUUGUUUGGUGGUGAGGAGCAUUCUGAAGACCACGAGAUUGAAAUUCCAUUGGCUCAGGAUGCAGGUCUGGUGAACUGCAGUGAUAAGAAGAACCAAUUGCUUGUCGCCAGUGAAGACGAUGUCUUGAAUGCUCAAGAGGAGCAGCACGAGACCAGCAUUUCUGAUACUGAUGAUGCUUUUGGUGGCGAAGGAAACCCUGAAGAGCAACCUCAAGAAGAGGAAGAAAAGCCACAAAAAGAACAGUGCGAUGAGUGCUUGUUUGGUGGUGAGGAGCAUUCUGAAGACCACGAGAUUGAAAUUCCAUUGGCUCAGGAUGCAGGUCUGGUGAACUGCAGAGAUAAGAAGAACCAAUUGCUUGUCGCCAGUGAAGACGAUGUCUUGAAUGCUCAAGAGGAGCAGCACGAGGACGAGACCAUUUCUGGUACUGACGAUGCUUUUGGUGGCGAAGGAAACCCUGAAGAGCAACCUCAAGAAGAGGAAGAAAAGCCACAAAAAGAACAGCGCGAUGAGUGCUUGUUUGGUGGUGAGGAGCAUUCUGAAGACCAAGAGAUUGAAAUUCCAUUGGCUCAGGAUGCAGGUCUGGUGAACUGCAGUGAUAAGAAGAACCAAUUGCUUGUCGCCAGUGAAGACGAUGACUUGAAUGCUCAAGAGGAGCAGCACGAGACCAGCAUUUCUGAUACUGAUGAUGCUUUUGGUGGCGAAGGAAACCCUGAAGAGCAACCUCAAGAAGAGGAAGAAAAGCUACAAAAAGAACAGCGCGAUGAGUGCUUGUUUGGUGGUGAGGAGCACUCUGAAGACCAAGAGAUUGAAAUUCCAUUGGCUCAGGAUGCAGGUCUGGUGAACUGCAGUGAUAAGAAGAACCAAUUGCUUGUCGCCAGUGAAGACGAUGACUUGAAUGCUCAAGAGGAGCAGCACGAGACCAGCAUUUCUGAUACUGAUGAUACUUUUGGUGGCGAAGGAAACCCUGAAGAGCAACCUCAAGAAGAGGAAGAAAAGCCACAAAAAGAACAGCGCGAUGAGUGCUUGUUUGGUGGUGAGGAGCAUUCUGAAGACCACGAGAUUGAAAUUCCAUUUGCUCAGGAUGCAGGUCUGGUGAACUGCAGAGAGAAGAAGAACCAAUUGCUUGUCGCCAGUGAAGACGAUGUCUUGAAUGCUCAAGAGGAGCAGCACGAGGACGAGACCAUUUCUGGUACUGACGAUGCUUUUGGUGGCGAAGGAAACCCUGAAGAGCAACCUAAAGAAGAAAAGCCACAAAAAGAACAGCGCGAUGAGUGCUUGUUUGGUGGUGAGGAGCAUUCUGAAGACCAAGAGAUUGAAAUUCCAUUGGCUCAGGAUGCACGUCUGGUGAACUGCAGUGAUAAGAAGAACACGACUGUUUCAGUCAAGCACUCAUAAUAAUUAAUUGAAUCGUAUUGCCAGCUCGUCAUUUUAAUCUGUGAUUUAAAAUGUAAAUUGUCACAAUUUUAAAGCAAAGAAUUUGCUGAUACCUUUGAAAAAAAUAUUUCGCUUUUUUUAAAAUCUACCACUUUCAGCGUCUAAGAAAUUUCAGCCCUCGACUAUUUCACAAAUACGCUCAUAAUAAUUAAUUGCACCGUAUUGCCAGCUCGUGAUUUUAAUCCGUGAUUUAAAAUGUAAAUUAUCACAAUUUUAAAGCAAAGAUUUUGCUGAUACCUUUGAAAAAAAUAUUUCGCUUUUUUUUAAAUCUACCACUUUCAGCGGCUAAGAAAUAUCAGCCCUCGACUGUUUCAGUCAAGCACUCAUAAUAAUUAAUUGCAACGUAUUGCCAGCUCGUGAUUUUAAUCUGUGAUUUAAAAUGUAAAUUUUCACAAUUUUAAAGCAAAGAUUUUGCUGAUACCUUUGGAAAAAAUAUUUCGCUUUUUUUUAAAUCUACCACUUUCAGCGGCUAAGAAAUAUCAGCCCUCGACUGUUUCAGUCAAGCACUCAUAAUAAUUAAUUGCAACGUAUUGCCAGCUCGUGAUUUUAAUCUGUGAUUUAAAAUGUAAAUUGUCAAAAAUUUCAAGCAAAGAUUUUACUGAUACCUUUGAAAAAAAUAUUUCGCUUUUUUUUAAAUCUACCACUUUCAGCGUCUAAGAAAUAUCAGCCCACGACUGUUUCAGUCAAACACUCAUAAUAAUUAAUUG